CAGGGCCUUUGCACUGAGCUAGCCCUUAAAAAUUUUUUUUUUCCUUAAUGUUGAGUCAGGGUCUUGCUAACUUGCUAAACUUGACAGGAUGGGCUCGAACUUUCUAAAUCUCCUGAUUCAGCCUCCUGGAGUGCCCUCAUGCCCAGCUUUCAACAGUAAAUAACUGCAGAAUAAUGAGUCAUUUAUAUGCACUAUCUUGGGUCUGAUCUAUCCUACUUUACACAUUUUCUUCCGUUAUUGAGGUUUGAACCCAGGAUCUUUGCACCGAGCUGCAUCCCCAACGCUUUUUGUUUUUUUUUACUUGAGAAAAAGUCUCGCUAAAUAUCCUCAUUGCCCAAGUUGGGCUCCAUCUUGCAAUGCACCUGCAUCAGCUUCCCAUAUGCUGAGAUUACAUGUGCACACAGCCAUAAUCAGCUGGCUUUUUCCAAGAGGUUUAGACGUAGGGGUCCAGAAUCAAGAACAACAAUUUUUCUGUUUAUAAUUACUUGAAAAAUUUGCAUUCAGCAUUAUAGAAAUUAAGUAAAUGGUUAAUACAUAUGAUUAAAUAUUAUGCAGCUAAUAGCUAUUUUUAUACAGUUAGACAUAAAGAAGAUAUAUAGUAUAUUAAGAAAUAUUCUUAUUAAUCAUUAAUAAAAAUUUAAAUUAUAUAUCAAUCUCACUUAAUUAGGUUUUGUGAGAACUUUUGAAAGGAUUGAAUCUAAAUAUUUUAAUCGGAGAUUUAGCUCAGUGGCACAGUGCCUGCCUGGCAAGUGCAAGGUUGAGUUCAAUUCCUGGUACUGGAAGAAAAACCCAAAAUAAAUAAAUAAAUAAAUAUUUUAAUUACUUAUUGAGGAAAGAGCAUAAUGUGGCUAUAUUUUAUUGCAGUUUAUUUUGUUUCACCCUUUCAUUUUUCCUGCACUGAUUCAAUCUGAAAAUCAAUGGUUUUAAACAUUUCUAUAGCUGUUAGCUUAAGUCAUCUGCUUUGUGGAACUUUUGGAAGUGAACUGUAUGUAACUGGGUGUUUGAGCAGAGAUGUCUACAUCGAGAAGGGGAGGAGCAUACUUAGAUGACUCCUAAGAAGUAAUUAUUUCUGAUCAGGUGUUGUUUGCAGUGUGGCAGCCUGUGGUUUCAGGAACAUCACUGUAUGGUCUGUGAGAGGCAGUGUGAUGUGACAUUGAAGACAAUGGGCCCUGGAUACCUAAAUUUGCUCUAGAUUCUCAGGAGGUCAAAGUUUUUCCAGUACUGGACCAUUGAGAAGGACUGAUCAGAGCUUACAUUUCUAAAACUAUGAUCUGUUUUCAGGAAUUAGUGACAUUCAGGGAUGUGGCCAUAGACUUUUCUCAGCAGGAGUGGGACUACCUGGACCCUAGACAGAGGGACUUGUAUAGAGAUGUGAUGCUGGAGAAUUACAGGAACCUCGUUUCUCUGGGACAAUCGAUUUCUAAGCCACAUGUGAUUGAUUUAUUGGAGCAAGGAAAAGAGCCCUGGAUGAUUCUGAGGGAAGAAACACGAAGACCUUACACGGAUUUGGAUUUACAGUAUAAGAUAAUCAGCUAUCUAAAAAUGCCCACUUAUGAAAAGGAUAAAUCUACACAACAUCAGAGCAUAUAUACCAGAGAAAAACUCUAUAAAUGUACAAAAUGUCAGAAGAAAUUUAGUAGUGGCCACCAACUUAUUCUGCAUCACAGGUUUCAUAUUGAGAGACCCUAUGAGUGCAAAGAAUGUGGGAAGAACUGUCGCAGUGGCUAUCAACUGACACUACAUAAGAGAUUUCAUGCUGGUGAGAAACCCUAUGAAUGUACAGAAUGCGGGAAGAACUUUAAAAAUGGUUAUCAACUUACUGUACAUCAGAGAUUUCAUACUGGUGAGAAAACAUACGAGUGUCGAGAAUGUGGCAAGGCCUUUAUUUAUUCUUCACACAUUAUUCAGCAUGAGCGAAUUCACACUGGUGCGAAGCCUUAUGAAUGUCAGGGAUGUGGGAAAGCCUUUAGUCAAGUUGGCCAUCUUAGAAAUCACCAGAGAAUUCAUACUUGUGAAAAACCCUAUAAAUGUAAGGAAUGUGGGAAGGCUUUUAGUAGGUGCUCCAAUCUUGUUGAACAUAGGCAAAUUCAUGUUAAUGAGAAACCGUAUGUGUGUGAGAAAUGUGGGAAAGCUUUUAGAAGAGAUCGCCAACUUAUCGUACAUCAGAGUAUUCACACUGGCAAAAAACCAUAUGAAUGUAAAGAAUGUGGAAAGGGCUAUAACUCUGCCUCAUACCUCAUUCUACAUCAGAAAAUUCACAAAGGUGGGAAACCAUAUGAAUGCAAGAAGUGUAAAAAGACUUUUAUUUUAUAUAAGAAUCUUGUUCGACAUCAGAAUCUUCAUACUAAUGACAAACUUGAAUGUAGGCAAUGUGGGAAGAUUUGUACUACUGGCUCAAAACUUUUUCAGCACCAGAAAACUCAUACUGAUGAGAAACCCUACGAAUGUAAGGAAUGUGGGAAGGCCUUUAGCUUGUAUGCAUACCUCAGACAACAUCAGAAAAUUCACCUUGGUUUGAAAUGCUUUGAAUGUGAGAGGUGUAAAAAAACCUUUAGUUCAUACAGGAAUCUUACUCGUCAUGAGAAUAUUCAUACUGGUAUGAAACUUUUUGAAUGUCAGGAAUGUGGAAGGGCCUAUACUACUCGUUCAAACCUUGUUCAACAUCAGAAAACUCACACUGGCAAGAAACCCUAUGAAUGUAAGGAAUGUGGGAAGGCCUUUAGCUUGCAUGGAUACCUCAGUCAACAUCAGAAAAUUCACCUUGGUAUGAAACGCUUUGAAUGCAAGGACUGUAAUAAAACCUUCACUUUGUAUAGGAAUCUUACCCGUCAUCAGAAUAUUCAUACUGGUAAGAAACUUUUUAUAUGUCAGGAAUGUGGAAGGGCCUAUACUACUCGCUCAAACCUCGUUCAACAUCAGAAAACUCAUACUGGCGAGAAACCAUAUGAAUGUAAGGAAUGUGGGAAGGCCUUUAGCUUGCAUGGAUAUCUUAAUCAACACCAGAAAAUACAUACUGGUGUGAAACCCUAUGAAUGUAAGAUAUGUAGAAAAACCUUUACUUUCUGUAGAAAUCUCACUCUACAUCAGAGUAUUCAUACUGAUGAGAAACCUUUUCAAUGUAAAGAAUGUGGGAAGACCUUUAGACGUAGUUCACACCUUAUGGCACAUCAGAAUAUUCAUGCUGAUAAGAAACCCUAUGAAUGUAAAGAGUGUGGAAAGGCCUUUAAAAUGUGUGGAUACCUUACACAACAUCAGAAAAUUCAUACUGGUAGAAAACCUCAUGAAUGUAAGGAAUGUGGGAAGACCUUUAUUCGAUCUUCAAACCUUGUUCAACACGAAAGAAUUCAUACUGGUGAGAAACCCUAUGUUUGUGAGCAGUGUGGGAAGACCUUCAGAUAUGGCUCAGCCCUUAAAGCACAUCAGGGAAUUCAUACUGGAGAGAAACCUUAUGAAUGUAAAGAAUGUGGGAAGGCCUUUAGUCGUCCUACACACCUUAGACUACAUCAGAUGAUGCACACCGGUGAGAAACCUUAUAAAUGUAAGGAAUGUGGGAAAGCCUUUAGUCGUCCUUCAGACCUUAGAGUACAUCAGAGAAUUCACACUGGUGAGAAGCCCUAUCGAUGUGAAGAUUGUGGAAAGGCCUUUAGUCGUGCCUCACACCUGACUCAACAUGAAAAAGUUCAUACUGGAGAGAAAUCCUAUGUGUGUCAUGAAUGUGGGAAGGCCUUUAGUGAAGUUGGAAGAUUGAGAAUACAUCAAAGAAUUCAUACUGGUGAGAAACCCUAUGAGUGUAGGGAAUGUGGAAAGGCAUUCAGUCAAGCCUCAAACCUAGUACAACAUGCUAGAAUUCAUACUGGUGAAAAACCCUUUGAAUGUAAAGAAUGUGGGAAGGCCUUUAGUCACCCCUCACAUCUCAUUCGACAUGACAGAACUCAUACUGGUGAGAAACCCUAUGAAUGUGAAGAGUGUGGGAGAGCUUUUAGCAGUAGUCACCAGCGUACUAUACACCAUAGACUUCAUACUGGUGAGAAACCCUAUGAAUGCAAGGAAUGUGGGAAAGCCUUUUGUGUCUAUGGACGUCUUACUCAACAUCAGAGUAUCCACAGUGGUGAGAAGCCCUUCCAGUGUAGCAAAUGCAAGAAAUCCUUUAGGCUCAGUUCAGACCUUACAGUACAUCAGAGAAUUCAUACUGGUGAGAAACCCUAUGAAUGUAAGCAAUGUGGAAAAGCUUUCAAUCGUGCUUCCAACCUGCUACAACAUCAGAAAAUUCAUACUGGUGAAAAACCCUAUAAAUGUGAGGAAUGUGGGAUGACCUUUAGUCGUAAUAUAGACCUUAGAGUUCAUCAGAGAAUUCAUACUGGUGAGAAACCUUAUCAAUGCAAAGAGUGUGGAAAGCCCUUUAGUCGUGCCUCAUACCUAACUCAACAUAGAAAAGUUCAUAGUGGUGAGAAAUCGUAUGUAUGCCAAGAAUGUGGGAAGGCCUUUAGUAAAGGUGGAAAACUUAAAAUACAUCAAAGAAUUCAUACUGGUGAGAAACCCUAUGAAUGUAAAGCAUGUGGCAAGACCUUUAGUCAGGCCUCUCACCUUGUGCAGCAUGACAGAAUUCAUACUGGUGAAAAACCCUAUGAAUGCCAUGAAUGUGGGAUGACCUUUAGUCGUGGAAUAGAUCUUAGAGUACAUCAUAGAAUUCAUACUGGUGAGAAACCUUGUAAAUGUAAAGAAUGUGGAAAAGCCUUUAGUUGUACCUCAAAUCUUGUUCAACAUGAGAGAAUUCAUACUGGCAAGAAGCCUUAUGAGUGUGAAGAAUGUGGAAUGACUUUUAGUCGUAUUUAUCAACUCAUUCCUCAUCAGAGAAUGCACACUGGUGUAAAACCUUUUGAAUGUAAUGAAUGUGGGAAGGCUUUUAGUCGUGCCUCAGCACUUAUUCAACAUGAGAGAAUGCAUACCGGUGAAAAGCCCUAUAAAUGUAAAGAAUGUGGAAAGGCUUUUAUUCAUGGUGGUAGCCUUAAGAUACAUCAGAAAAUUCAUACUGGUGAAAAACCCUAUGAAUGUAAAGAAUGUGGGAAGGCCUUUGGUCGUACUUCAGACCUUGUUAGGCAUGAAAGAAUUCAUACUGGUGAAAAACCCUAUAAAUGUCAGGAAUGUUGGAGGGCCUUUGGUCAUAUUGAAAGCCUUCGAAUGCAUCACAGACUUCAUACUGGUGAGAAGCCCUAUGAAUGUAAGGAGUGUGGGAAGGCUUUUAAGAGUAGCCAUCAACUUACUGUACAUCAGAGAAUUCAUACUGGUGAAAAACCUUAUGAAUGUAAGGAAUGUGGGAAGGCCUUUAGUGUAUAUACAAGACUUACACGACAUCAGAGUAUUCACAGUGGUGAGAAGCCUUUUCAGUGUAACAAAUGUGGGAAAUUCUUUAGGCUUAAUUCAAGUCUUAAAAUACAUCAAAGAAUUCAUACUAGAGAAAAACCUUACAAGUGAAAGAGCUUUGGAAAGGGCCAUAUAUAAUAGGUAAUAUACAGCUCAUCAGUGUAUUUAUAACAUUGACAACUUGAAAAAAAAUAUGGGAAUGCUUUUAAAUAUGGUUCAGUUCUUAUAAGACAUUAGUUUACACUGUGAAACUCCACAGAUUUUAAAUAUUUUGAGUUAUGAUUCAAAUAUUCAUAUUCAGAGAAUUUCUGAUGUAUUUUUAUGUAACAGAAAAACUUGCUUCUUUAUUCAUUGAUUAUUAGUAUAUUCACUGAGGAAAACUCAGAGAAUGUAGGGAUGUCUUUUUUAUUGUUUUAUUUAUAAAAGUUUUCUGGCCCUGUUUUUAUUAUUAUUAUUAUUAUUAUUA